AUGCAAUGGAUGAUGGUGCUGGCGAGAGUAAAGAGAUCUGCACCCCAACAAAAGGAUGUUUGCAGGAAACUGAUCAGUCGACUAUAUCACCAUUCUCAAGCCCAAGGAAAUUCAUCAUCUUUACGGCGACGCUCGUUCAAGUCUCCUUGGAGGACAAACAAUGCCGUUUCAUUGGGAUUAUCAACGUGUUUGAUGCUGGGAACGGCAUCAGUCGCGCACUAUUUAUCCUCCAACGAGCAGCCAGACAGCGAAGCAGAAUAUCUUCUUUUACGAAACUUUAUUAGCGGUCAGAUCAGUGAAGAACGUGGCUUCCAUUUUUUCCGACCGAUUCUACAAAAAGGAAACACAUCGCAUUGUGAAGCCAGUCACCAUGUUGCACACCAGCACCAGCAGCAGCACAUUCCAUCCAUCCUCUCGCCUACCUUACCCUAUCGAAUCCUACGACCAAACCCACACUUGGAAAUUGCUUUUUGUACUCGGACCCGCAAUCCGAUUUAUGUACUCGAAAAGGAUGUGCUCUACACGGCCAUGGACAAGGACAACUAUCACGCUGGUACUACCAGUGGUCGAAGCUUUCGACUUGGUCGGAAUCGAAGGCCGAAUUUCUUUGAAGAAAAAUCUAUCCCUACCAACAUGCGAUCCAGACCAUCCGAUUACAAGCACAGUGGUUGGGAUCGUGGACACAUGGCGCCAGCGGCCGACUUUAGUUCCAAUCGAACUAUCCAAGAUAAGGACCAGAAACAGCGGAUCGAAGAGCAGCUAAUAAAAGAGCAAAUGCAGACGUAUAAUUUGUGCAAUAUCUCACCACAGGAUGCCAGUCUAAACCGUGGCUUAUGGAGUAAGUUGGAAGCCUGGGUCCGAACAAGGAUUGUGGAAUUACAAGAGGAAGAUGCAGGUGAUUCAAUUGGACGUCGUCAGGUCCAUGUCCUGACGGGUCCUUUGUGGAUGCCUACACAUUUCUCCAAUAAUGAUCAUAAUCCUUCGGCUUCGCUGGAGUACCGUUAUCUUGGCAUUGGAAAACCACCAUCUCUUGUCGCUGUCCCAACUCACUUUUUCAAAGUUAUCGUUGUGAUUGCCAAAGACGAGAUCACUGGUAAUGGACACAUUGAAAAGUUUGCUUGCUUUGUCAUGGCCAAUCGGCCGACACAAAGUGACACAGAUAGCGAAACAAAGGACGAUCCAUCCGUCUUGCAAGACUUUUUGGUUCCAUGGUCGACAUUGGAGACUGUUAGCGGGCUGGAACUCUUCUCUCACCUCGUCGACGAUGACUUUAGAAAAAGGGCUGAUGAAUUGACCCUUGCUCAAGUACACCGGCGGCAGCGACAAAGUCAAUCGCCAAGAACAUCAGCCCUGGAGCUACUCGAAGCUGGCAAGGGUGCACUAAACAAUGGAGGACGGCGGCAACAUAACAAGGGAAAAGAAUUGGCGGCUUUGGAGCAUCUCUGCAAAGGAGGAAAAUGCCGAGUUUGA